AUGUUGCCAAGAGCCAAGCCUCAUCUUCCUUGCUGGGAUGCACUCUUCCCUCUUGGAUAUGAACACAUUGUAUCCCACACACCCUCUGACCUUGUACCUGAAACCUGCAUCCUUCGUGUGAUUGCUGAGAUCGCCCGUGCUGUGGGAUCAACUGGCAUGGCUGCCGGGCAGUUCCUUGAUAUUGAAGGUGGGCCUAAUUCUGUUGAAUUUGUGCAAGAGAAAAAAUUCGGUGAAAUGGGUGAGUGCUCUGCAGUGUGUGGAGGAUUGUUGGCUGGUGCAGAAGAUGAUGAAGUGCAGAAAUUGAGGAGGUAUGGAAGAGUUGUUGGGCUAUUGUAUCAAGUGGUUGAUGAUUUGUUGGAUGCGAAAACACAGAGUGAGGAAGAUGAAGAGAAAACAAAAAAGAAGGGGAAGAGUUAUGUUCCUGUCUAUGGCGCUGACAAGGCUAUGGAGGUGGCUGAGGAACUCAGAACCAAAUCUAAGAAAGAAUUGGAUGGGUUCGAGAAGUACGGUGAGAAAAUGGUGCCACUUUAUAGCUUUGUGGAUUAUGCUGCCGACAGAGGAUUUUCUGUUGGUGAUUCAAGUUGAUACAGUUUUCUUUGUGCAUCACACUGCUGAGAAGGGGCUGAAUAUUAUUGUUUUAAGUUUAUUAAGGAUUUUUCGCAGUGUUGAUUGCAGUGAAUACUCUCAGAGUUUGAUACAUAGUACACGUUUGAAUCAUUAAAGCCGGCUCAUAUAGAAUGUUUUUCCAUUGAAAAUGGAGAUGUCAAGCUUUGUAAUUGUAUUUAGUUGAAUGUUUGUAGCUGUUCUUCAACAUUGUAAGUAUGUUGCUUA